AGGAUGCUCUUCGAUGCCAGGAACGCGCCCUACAUCCGAUGGGGUGAGGACGGGCACACCGUCUUGAUAGCGAACCCCCAUGGGUUUGCAACCAAGAUCAUCCCGCAAUACUUCAAGCACAGCAACCUUGCGUCUUUCAUCCGCCAGCUCAACGUGUAUGGGUUUCACAAGACUACUCAGGAUCCUGACAUCUGCGAGUUUGCCCACACCAACUUCAAGCGCGACGAGCCUGCACUGAUGCAGAACAUCAGGCGGAAG